AUGGCCAGUGGGGGCAGGGACCUCAGCACCAGGAUGUCUGCAGAAGAUGAGAACAUAGUAAACAAGUAUACUAAUGACAUUGCCCUCACAUGCUUUAAAAAAUAUAAGGUGGAGAUUUCAGGUGCAAUAACAACAACAUUUCCUUUCCUUGAACUUAUCCGGGACCGUGGAUUCAUCACUGAUGAAAUGUAUGAAAAAUCUCAAGAAUCUUUUAAAAAACGGUUUACUGUACAUGAAGUCAUAUACGAUGUUCUCAGUGAACUGGAGAAGAAGUUUGACAUGUCCAUUCUGCAAGCACUGUUCAGCAAGGUCAUCAUGAAUAAAUACACUGAUUUAUAUCGCAUUUAUAAAAUAUUCAACAAAGAGAUACCAGACAUAAAAUCCUUCCUAGAAAGUGAUGAAGAAGAAAAUGAGGAGAGGCCUAAUUACCACCUGGAACAAGGUAUGCCAAGCGGCCAAGAGGCAAGAAAUGAAAGUAGCCAAGCAUCUGACAUAAUGGGUACUGUGGAUAUUGGAAACAACUCCAAGUCAGGAAAAGCCAAGAAGAGAAAAAGGACAACAAUGCACACAGAAGAGACUGGGAAUUUUAAUGCUGAAAUACUUCCUGUGACCUGUGGGGAUGUGAUGGGCAUAUUAAUUAAGAGAAAAUUGCAACGAGGAGCCACGGUGAAGUGUAUAAGGACAGAGGACGGAAAGUGGUGCACUCCCAGAGAAUUUGAAGGUGAAGGAGGCUAUGAAAAAGCAAGCAACUGGAAGAGCACUGUGUACUGCCGUGGGAGAUCACUAAAAUGGCUGAUCGAGAGUGGAUAUUUACCUCAACCUCCACAUGACAGGAAGAGGAAGCUGGAAAAAAAAUGCAAUAUCUGUGGAGAUGAAGGAAAGAUCUUCAAAUGCAGUUUUUGUCUCAGCUUCUUUCACGAGGACUGUCACAUCCCCCCUGUGGAACUUGAGAGGAAAGAUUGGCUAUGUACAUUCUGCACAAUAGAAGAGUCUCCACAAAGUCAGCAGCAUGCCAGCUAUUCUGAAGUCCUAUUGAGACAGAUGGGGCCUGAAGAGAAGUCGAAAUGUGUGUUCCUCCUCCUAAAGCUCUAUUGUCAUUUAGAGAAAAACAUUUUUCAGAAUAUUCCAGAUGAACAUUAUGUUCAAAAGGCUUCUCAAUGCCUACAGACACUUAGGACAUUGGAUGAAAUCAAGAAUAAACUAAAUGGAGGAUGUUUUACCAAAGUGAAUGGGUUAGUGGUUGACAUGAAAAAAAUCUGUCAGGAUUCUAAGCACAAUGACUCAGUUCUAACAGAAGAGGAGUUUGAGAAAAUUUUCAAAGAAGUCUUUUCUAUUCAGUAA